CCUUCUUCCCUUCUGCAGGGUGCCCACACCCCUAUCUGUCACCUCCUUGCCACCCCACUCCUGAGGCCACAGCGGUUGGCUGUAUCCCCAGGUCAUGCUGGCCUCCUCUCCUUCCUCAGUAGCCCCCAAAGGGCCCCCAGGUGACAUGGGGGAGCCAGCUCGAGAGCCAGCACUCUCAGUUGCCCUCUGGUUGAGUUGGGGGGCAGCUCUGGGGGCUGUGGCUUGUGCCAUGGCUCUGUUGACCCAACAAGCAGAGCUGCAAACUCUAAGGAGAGAGGUGAGCUGGCUGCAAAGGACUGGAGGACCUUCCCGGAAGGGGAAUGGGCAGCCCUGGCAGAGCCUCUGGGAGCAGAACCCUGAGGACCUGGAAGCCUGGGAGAACGGGGAGCGAUCCCGGAGGAGGAGAGCAGUGCUCACCCCAAAACAGAAAAAGAAGCAUUCAGUCCUGCACUUGGUUCCAAUUAACAUCACCUCCAAGGAGGACUCUGAUGUAACAGAGGUGAUGUGGCAACCAGCUCUCAGGCGUGGUAGAGGCCUGGAGGCCCGAGGAUAUGUUGUCCGAGUCUGGGACGCUGGAAUUUAUCUGCUCUAUAGCCAGGUCCUCUUCCACGAUGUGACUUUUACCAUGGGUCAGGUGGUAUCUCGGGAGGGCCAGGGAAGGGAGGAGACUCUAUUCCGAUGCGUACAAAGUAUGCCUUCCAAUCCAGAUCGGGCCUACAAUAGCUGCUACAGUGCAGGUGUCUUCCAUUUAUACCAAGGGGAUAUUCUGAGUGUCAUAAUACCCCGGGCAAGGGCCAAACUUAGCCUCUCUCCACAUGGCACCUUCCUGGGACUUGUGAAACUAUAA